AUGGUUCUGCCCGCGCUUGUGAUAGCUGUCUCUCGCAUUCCAGAGGUCAUGGAAGUCCUUGUCGAAACGUCUUGCGACCGAAGUGUUUCCUCGUCGCCGCGCGUCGGCCAGAGUUUUCGAUACAAGGAGCGGGACGGUAUAUGGCAGUAUGAGCAGGUCAGGAUACCCAGCGCUGACAAGCCGUCUCGGGUCCCGGUCGAAGACAGCGAUCGUAUCGUCCUCGCCCUCCACAUCGAAAACAUGGCCGAGGACAUGGAGAGCAUGCUGGGCGAGACCCUCAGCCCCAGGCGCUUCCACCACAGCCUGUCUACCCGCUCCGUAUCGUCGUCAAAUGGCCGUAGGCAUCGCUCGACCAGCUCAGACCCCCUCGAGGGCAAGGGCCGGAGCCGGCACUGGCUGGGUCACGCCCUCGUCGUCCUCAACGAAGCCGGAUUCAUAGGCCUGAAGGAGGGAACGCCCGGCGUCGGUCUGGUUGAGCGGGAGGCCUUGCACAAGGCUAGGGCGAAUAUAUCGUCCACACCGAUCAAGCGCACCGUCUCAAAGACAAACCACGCCAUCUUUGACAGCAACGGCAUCCGACAGGUAUAG